AUGUCACAUCAACGUCCAGAAUCUCGUGCGAGAGCGCUGGUAUCGCGAAGCUGGAAGGUUUUCCGAGUCAACUGGCACUUGGGCUUUACUGCCUUUGGAGGGCCGCCAGUCCACUUCCGCAUAUUCAAUGACAAAUUCGUGCAAAAGACAAAAUGGAUCGAUGAGCAGGUCUUCCAAGAGCUCUUCAGCGUCUCGCAGGCCCUCUGCGGACCAGCCAGCACCAAGAUGCUGUACUGUAUCAACUUAAUACAAGACGGAUUCCUUGCUGCUGUGUUCAGCUUCCUGCUGUGGAGUUUACCGGGUGCUAUAGGCAUGUACGCCCUCGCUGUCGGUGUCUCGAAAAUCGACGAAACUUUGCCAAGACCGGUGUAUGCGUUGCUGUCGGGCCUUAACGCCGGAACGGUCGGUGUCAUUGCGCUUGCUGCCGUUGAGCUGUCCGAGAAGGCGAUCACGGAUCGACUGACAAGAAUCUUGGUCUUUCUCGGUGCUACCGCUGGCAUGCUGUACAAUGCGCUCUGUUUCGGCGAUCCUGGGUUUUGGUGCAAGUCUGAAGGGAAGCUCAUCAGCGCCUGGCCUUUUGGAAAAUGGCCGGGCUCAACUUCCAAUGCGGGUGACAACGAUACCGCCGCGCAUCAAGGGCGAAGGAACAGUGCAGAUGACGAAGAGAGCAUCGAAAUGUCCAGUGUGACAAAAACAACAGCGACAACAUCAAGCAGCUCCGGAGCCCGGUCAAGACCAGGACAAGGGACGCCGCGGUCCAAUCUUCCGGUGACCGAGCAAGAAGCCUCCGCGUCCUCCACCGCCGAAAGCGAGCCACGAACCAUCCCAAGCGAAUUUCGACUCGACUUUUCCUGGAAGAUCGGUACUGCAAUCAUCGCCUGCUUCUUCGCCACCUUCAUAGCCGUUAUGGUCACUCGCGGCGUAUUCCCAAAUCCGCCUGGGCUUCCCCUCUUGUACCACUUAUUCGCCAACAUGUAUCUUGCCGGAACAAUCAUCUUUGGUGGUGGCCCUGUCGUCAUUCCUUUGUUGCGAGAAUACGUUGUUGCCGAAGGCUGGGUAAAUCCUCGUGACUUCCUCAUCGGACUUGCUCUGAUCCAGGCCUUCCCAGGGCCAAACUUCAACUUUGCCGUAUUCCUGGGGGCCUUGACGGCCAUUGGAAGCGGCAAUAACCCGGUAGCAGGUGCUAUCAUUGCUUGGGUGGGUAUCUUUAGCCCGGGUCUGAUCUUGGUACAUGGUACAAUGGGGAUAUGGAGUGCGAUAAGAGGCAAAAGAUGGGUGAAGGCUGUGAUCAGGGGGUUGAACGCUGCCGCAGUCGGGCUGAUCUAUACCGCCGUCUACCGCAUUUGGAAUGUCGGCUACAUCGACGAAGGCUUCCAGUUUGGAAAGAGCUUGGGCGAUGACCCGUGGUGGGUAGUGGUAACGGCGACGAGCUACGUCGGUGGACGCUGGUUCAAUCUCAAGGCGCCUGUGGCAAUCAUGCUUGGUGCAGUCAUGGGGAUGAUCAGGUAUGGUGUUGUAUCUGCAUGA